CGUACCACGGUUCCAACGAGCGGGCACUCCUCAAUGUAAACCUGGAAAUGGGGUUCCCUCACGCUUCUUCACGCGAUAGUCUGGUGGAGUUUUCCGAAACAACUCCUCAUAGCGUCUGUCUGUUGGAGACGUCCGACGGCAUUCCAAAUCCCCUGCCCAGGUCUAAGCCAGCCUAUUGCGACGGACUACACCAAGCCUGCACCAAGAAAAGAAGCAGUCCAGAAUUGGGUCUGACAGCCGUCACAUCCUGGUCGCUGGGAUCUCCCAGUGACCCAGGCGUAUGGGCCCUUCGUCGGCUGUGGAUGAUCCCAACUCUGUCCGAGUUUUGACCCCUUCGUUCGGGCCCAUUCGGUAAUAACCUGUGCUAUUAUAGACAAGGCCACUCUAUGAUUCCAAAGCCCGGCUAAACGAGGUUCUCAUGGAGACAAUGGCUCUGUCGUAUGCACCAAGGAGAAUCGCCUCACUCGUAACCAGCGAAGACAGGUUAGAGCCGUGGAGACUCGUGACAGAAUGCGGCCGCUCAUUGCCUCCCAUCUGACAAAGGUCGAUCCAUGGUCUCCUCACACAGCUCUUUCAGGUACCAGGUACUUUUGGCUUCCUUCCUAGAAGUCCUUGCUUCGUGCUAUUAGGUCCUAUUCCACCUCCUGCCGAAGCUAUGAUCUGCUUUCGGGGAACCUGCA